AUGGUCAAAGUGCAAAGGUGCAAUGGUCUUGGGCAGGACACUUAUUCAGAAAAUAGGACGAAAUGGCCUAGCAGCGAUAAACGGCAAAUGGAUGGACUAAAAAAAUGCUGGUCUGAUGAUAUCAUAGCUGCAGCGAGAAUGCAAUGGAUGGAGUCGAAAAACAAAGAUGAAUGGCAUAAGCUGGGGAAGGCCUAUACCCAAAAUGGGGGUCCGACCUUUCACUAA